GACGAGGUGGCGCAUGCUCCUCAGCGAGACGGGCGGGAGUCCGGCGCGCCCUCCAUCCCCGCCGGCGUCGGCGACGAGUAGCCCGGUGAACCCGGAUACUAACAAAGUUCGCUGGAGACUCAUAAUCGUUCUGAAAGAGCGGAGCCCGUGCGAGGCGUCCUCGGGGAGGAGCUCGGCUCGGUGUUGCGGGCUGUGCGUUCCGGGCACGGUGUUGCGGGCUGUGCGUUCCGGGGCUCGGUGCUGCGGGUUGUGCGUUCCGGGUUGCGGACUCCAGGCUGAGGGUUCCGGGCUGCGGGCAGAGGGAAAAGGAAGUCGACUCCCCAAAACUGAGCCAGUGUGAAACACAAGCUGGAUGAACAGGGUCAGAUCUUGGUUUGAGGGAGACGAUCUGAUCUCCUGGAGUUAGAGCUGGUCCAGAAACUGGUCCUGUUUCAAAAUGUUGGAGGAAGACAUGGAAGUGGCCAUCAAGAUGGUGGUGGUGGGGAACGGGGCAGUAGGAAAGUCCAGCAUGAUUCAGCGUUACUGCAAAGGCGUCUUCACAAAAGACUACAAGAAAACCAUCGGCGUUGACUUUUUGGAGCGACAGAUUCAAGUUAACGAUGAAGACGUGAGACUAAUGUUAUGGGACACUGCAGGUCAAGAGGAAUUUGAUGCAAUCACAAAGGCCUACUAUCGAGGAGCCCAGGCUUGUGUGCUUGUGUUCUCUACCACAGACAGGGAAUCUUUUGAAGCAAUUUCCAGCUGGAGAGAAAAAGUAGUAGCAGAAGUUGGAGAUAUACCAACCGCACUUGUACAGAACAAGAUCGAUCUGCUGGACGAUUCAUGUAUCAAAAAUGAGGAAGCUGAGGGACUGGCCAAAAGGCUAAGGCUGAGGUUCUACAGGACGUCCGUGAAGGAGGAUCUGAAUGUGAACGAAGUUUUUAAAUAUUUGGCUGAGAAACACCUACAAAAACUGAAACAACAAAUAACUGAAGAUCCAGAACAGACACAUUCAAGUUGUAACAAAAUUGGUGUCUUUAAUGCGUCCCUUGGAAGUCACUUGGGCCAGAAUUCAAGUUCCCUUAAUGGUGGAGAUGUCAUCAACCUUAGACCUAACAAACAAAGGACCAAGAAAAGCAGAAAUCCUUUCAGCAGCUGUAGCAUACCCUAAACUGUCUUAGGGAGGAGAAAGCUGAAUUGCACCGCACAGUUCAAGGCACCGUGUGCGGGGUGUGUCCUGCGUGUGUCAGCGGGCCUCACACUGCGCUCUCAAAGCUGACAUUGUAAUGUUGUUCUGCCACGCUUCUCAGAAUGUAGAUGGAGCCCUCUGCUGGGAACUUACUGCCCUGUGGACUCACUGUAGUUUUUACCUUAGACGAAGCUUCUCCUGUUUUUGAAGAGACAUCAUAGGAAAUGUCAAAAACAGGAUUUGCUGAAUUUUAAAUGCUGAAAACAAAAACAACAUGACUAACUACAUUGGUAACCAUUUUACCCUGACGGACCAAGGAGAGAUGGCGAGCUUUCUUGUUCUGAAACUGGUUGUCAAGCUUUUCUGGAAUGUUCAAUCUGAAUGCUUAAAGGACAUACCGAAGGGGAAACCCAGACUUUGUCAGACUGUCCCGGUGUGUGUGUUGUCAGAGGUACUCGUGCAAUAACCGUGAGGUGUGGACUGUGGGUGUGUAUGUGCAUGCAGAUGCCUGGCUCGGGCAGAAGGCCUGUGCCCUGGGAAACGGUGUGCAGAUUCUAAUUAGUUCACUCGUACAACCAUUGUUCCUGGUCUCAUAUGAGACUCUAGGACAUCCUUUACAGAACGAACUUGGACUCAAGUGUGCCAAACACUACCCCUAAUUUUUACAGUCCUUUCCUAUUAGACUUUGUAUUUAUGACAUCUUGUAAAGCAGUUUCUCUCCGACAGGUAGGUGAAGGGAAUGUAAAUAUCUGAGUGUUAGGUCCUGUCCCUCGGGGAUGGACUCUCCAGCAUCUUCUCCAUGGCCACUGUAAGCACAGUGAGCUUGUCCCAGUACACACAGCAGCCUGCAGCCACUCACAAGACCCCAUGGAGUAUGUGCACACUAGCUUCUGGCUGCUCACUUGAGACCAAACUCUGAACUUCGAAGAUGAAGGGAACCAUCUUUGGUCCUAAUCACAGAUUUUCUGAAGCCCUGCAACUCGAAAGCAUCCUUUUGUUUACACACUUGGUAUAGCAUUUUACGAUUAUUGCUUGAAUUUUUCUGUGGCCUUUGGUUUACAUGGCACCUUAUCAAGAAGUAUGGAUGAGAAGCAUCUGUAAAGAAGUGACCCAGUAUGUAAAUGAAGGUCAAAAACCUGUGAGUUGGACACUAGCCUGCCAAAGAAAUAAUGUCAUGAAUUCUAUUAAAAACUCACUAUCCCUUAGUCAGUAAUUUGUUUUUGAAAGUAUCAAAACCCGUUUCCACAGUCCUGGCUUUCGUAUGACUUCAAAAUAUAUAAAAGUGAUUUUUCUUGGAA